CUUCGGACAGGUUGGUGUAAAACUUCCCUAAGACAUGCGUCCUGGGUCGCGGAAGCCUACAGGACGACGGAACAGUCGGUGAAAACAGAUACGAGACAAGCGAGCUUGGAGGAGGGCGGAGGCCGCGAGGUUGUUGCACACAACUUGGAUGGCGUUGAUGCAGAUGAUCAACGUAGACGGACAGAGUUUAUCAGCAAGGCAGGGAGUCCUUGUUGA